AUGUUACUCAGCGGGUUCCAUUUCCUUAAUGCGCGCGAGCAGGACCUCGAUGGCAUGAUGCUCCCGAGCCCACUCACUUCCACGCCGUUCUCAGUCAAGGAUAUUCUCAAACUCGAGCAGCUAGAGCAGCAGCAGCGAUCUCAACAGCACCAAUCUCGACAUCUGGACCCGCAACAGAUCCAACACCUGUCCCACACCCAACAACACUUAGUACAGCCGGACUCGACCCAGCAACAGCAGACCCAGUCCCAGCAUUUCCAGGCGCCGCCGUCCUGUAUGCUUGCUUCAGCGGUCAACAGCCCUCGGUUCUCGGACGGGGAGGACAACAUGGCUUACAUGAGUUCUCUGGGGGCCCGGGACCGGCAUGGAGAGGCCAGUCUGUCCCCGGAGAUGUUCGUCCAUUCCGGGCUGGGCCAACUGACAGACCCGAAGCUGGAGGUAGACCUGGAGGAUCAGGAAAACAGUGAGUAGAAUAAUAUGAUGAAUAUUAUGAGAUUUUUGUUCUGCUGAAAUUAUGUAUGAACAAAGGGACACAAAGCAUCGCUUUGAAUAAAUGAUCUAUUAUAGCCUCUCUCAAUAUACAAACUCAUGAUGGUUUGCAUCGACUGUCUAUAUAAAACCAGAAAAUGUAAGGAUAAAGCAAUAAAUUAUUCCGGAAUGUGAAAAUGUAUUUGUUUUAGGCUAAAUGUUAGGCGCAGGAGUUUUGUGAGUGUAUUAUGAUUUCAAAAGACGAACGAGGCCUGUUAGAAUUCGACAAAACUACAUUUUAAUCCAAAAUGGGUCUGGAGAUUUUUAAGUAAUUCAUUAAUCUCGUGUAUCUGAUUUGUUGAAUGAUUAUACAAAUAAAACAUUAAUUUAGUUAGGCAGGAGAAUAAAUAUCUCAACGGGUAUAAAGAUGUUUUCAUUAUGCUAUUGUCUUUAUUCUAAGGGCUGAAUAGACUGAUAAAUUAGUUUAAAUUAUGUUAUUGGAUUAUAACUACUUUAUGGCCAAUAGAAUAGCAUGAAUGUAAAGAAGUCUUAAAAAUAAACGACACCGAGUAGGCCUAGCCUGCAACCAAGUGAAAGUAAACAUUGUGGAAUAAUUGUUGUCUUUGGUUUUGAUUUAUGGUCAUACCUUUAGACAGCUGUAUAUAUCCAUGAAUAAUUCUCACUAUAUAGUGCUCUCUUGUUUCUUUUACAUAAUUUAUCUAAACUCAUUUAUCGUGAAAUAUACACGUUUUGAAUAGUUUGGAUUAGACGUUUUAGUGUCACGGUUUUUAGUUUUAUUUGGAGGGUAGGGCUAUACUGAUUGACAAAAUAAUUACACAUUAAUAUCAGUAAAACUAAAGUAGUAGCCUAUACGCAUUCAAAUAAAAGACAUUAUGAAAUAUAUGUACACAAAAAUAUGUUGUAUUUUUAUAGGCUACUUCAAUAAACUAUUAAAGAACGCCUACGCACCCCCCCUCGUAAUCUGGUUGAGUCGUUUGGCGACUGAAAGUAUAUGCUUGAGAACUUUUCAGGACACUGCAUUAUAAAAGCCAAUAUUCCUAUUUUUCAGAGUAGCCUACAAAUUGUUUAUGCUCAUCUCUUGACACCACAGAGAGCUGUGGCGUGGUGUCCAAGCCGCUGGAGGGAGAGGACAGCGGGCAGGGGGACUCGGAGCGGCCGGCCAAGCAGAGAACCAGACGGAAACCCCGGGUCCUCUUCUCCCAAGCCCAGGUGUUCGAGUUGGAGCGGCGUUUCAAGCAGCAGCGGUACCUGUCCGCUCCGGAACGAGAACACCUGGCGAGCACUCUCAAACUCACCUCCACGCAGGUCAAAAUCUGGUUCCAGAACCGACGGUACAAGUGCAAGCGGCAGCGGCAGGACAAGUCCCUGGAGCUGGCAGGACAUCACCACCCUCCCCCGCCAAGACGAGUUGCGGUGCCGGUCCUGGUCAGGGAUGGGAAGCCCUGUCUGGGCGGGACUCAGAACUACAAUGCUCCGUACGGGUCGAACCCCUAUAGUUAUAACGGAUACCCAGCCUACACGUACAACAACCCGGCAUACAACAGCAACUACAGCUGUACUUACACCAGUAUCCCUACUCUCCCCCCAUCCACCACGGCUAACCCCUUCAUGACCAUGAACUUGGGGAACAUUGGGGGGCUUAGCGCCUCUCCCCAGCCCCAAACGCACCAAGGGACAGCGGUCACGACAUGUCAGGGCUCAUUGCAAGGGAUCCGGGCCUGGUAG